AUGUCACAGAAUCAAUCAAUACGAAACUUCUUCAAGCCUGCCCAAUCCAAUGUGAGGGUUGCGGUGCCUCCAGUAGAUCCAGCACGUCAGUCUUCACUGAUAGCUAUGAGGACUCAGUCGACCCCCAGUGAUUCUAAGCCUCAAACCAGUUACACAAACUCAAAUGCAUCCAAAAGCUCGGAACAGGGUGGACUUAUGUCAAGUUUAUCCCCGCCGAGUAGUGUGACUGAGAGCCCACCGGAAGUUGCAGUGUUAUCUGCCCCUUCAAGCAACGAAGUAUCUGGCAGAGUAGUCAAAAGCUCUGACGAUGAGGAAUCUGAUUCAGACGACUCUUUCCCAGAACUUUUCCGGUCUACCAAUGGUCCCCCACCUGCAAAAAGAGUAACACCGUCCACUCCAUCUAAGCCUAGAUCUAGAAGGGUCCUGCAACCCCUCAUGUCGCCAAUACCUGUACAUCCAAAGUACAGCUUGGAGUCGAUCGUCAAAGAUGCGGAAAAUGACAAGGCAGACCAGGAGACCUCCAAGCGAGUUAAAGCCAUGCUAGACACUCAAAUUAACGAGAACACAAGUCCCUUCGCUAGUGGUCUCAGCGGUAAUCAGGCAAAGUUUGAUGGAGCCUUACUGGAAUCCGUUGUUGCGAACACAGAAGAUGGAGGGAUGGAGAAGGUCACGCGUGCUCUCCAGAGAACUGAAGCAACCAACGUAGAGAAGUUUUGGUAUUUCUUCGGCAGACAAGAUCAAGCAGCUGAACCUCCACGACCCUCUUUCCCAACUUCCACAGUCCCAAAAACCUGGCAGAGAGAAUUGUCAAAACCUGCGAUGCGGGAUCAAACUUUCAUCUCCGGGUUUGCUGAAGAUAUGGUUCACUUUGGGCAAGCUCUACCGGAUGAGAUUUUUCUUUGGGUACUCGACGAAGCAUGUUUGGAACCCAGUGAUGUGCUUCGGACAUCGUACUUGAACACAUUAAAGGAGUCCAGAGAGCAAGUCGAGCGGUUACUAUCCCCGGACUUGGUCGACAAGAUGCUGCGAGACCUCGGGGGAACACCAAUAGCUACUACCAUUACGGGGAAAAUGAAGCCCAGUCCUAAGAUCACAGCUCGAUACUCGAGAGACUGGGCACAUGUUCGCUCUGCAUUAAUGUUUUUCACGGGCAUUGCAGAUUCUUUGCAACGGAAAACAAGAGAGCACAUGUUAUGCAUGCUCUUAAGAAUGGGUGCGGACCACGUGGUCUUCAAGAAUGUAGAUGUCCUAGACGUCCUUCAACAAGCCAUCAGACGCCUGUGUAAAUACAUACCGGAUGACGAGUGGGGACAUUCUUGUCAAAGAAUCUGCGAAGGACUUAUUGAAUGUAUAGAUCAGCCAUCACUGCGCCUUCAAGUCGUCGAUUCAAUACCUUCCUUCCACCCACGCACACAUGAAUUGAGAAGAAGAUUAGGAAUGUGCUUUCUUUUCGACGAUGUUGCCUACUCCAUUGACCACCCUCAUACAACCUUUGAGCUCCAAAAGUUCAUGGAUCGCCUCAAGGACCCCGUCUUCAAGGUCAACGAUAAGACGGACUACCAACAACUUGCAGCUCUCAUCUCCCUCCUUGAUGUAGCUGUAGACGAUGGGAGGUGUGCGUAUUUGGAUUUAGCCAAUAGUUCAGCUGCAGAACGCUUUGACGAGGAUGUCGACAAACUUGUUCUCACCAUCAACAAAGUUAUUGACCGAAUAGGUAGUCCUGGCGCUGCUUUCAUUUCAAGGAUUGAGGCCAAAGAACUCUUGUUGUUGGUGAGCCAGCGGAUCGCAGACACACUUCGCAGUAAACCUAAGCCUAAGAAGUCACUGUUUGAUGGAUCCAAAAAGAAAGAGGACCAUGUUGCAGCACAAGCUGGAAUGAGUAACUUUCUGUCGCUAUACAAGAAAGGCACCAAGCCUGUCAAUGGUCAUGAAUCAAAGUAG